CGGAGGCCGAAGACAGCUAUGGCCAUCUCCGAUCGGAUCUUGGGCGGGCUGAUGCUCCUCGUCAGCACAUUCGUCUUCUCUUACUACACGACCUGGGCCCUUCUCACACCAAUCUUUCCUGAUGACUCGGUGAUCCAGACCUACUUUCCUCCCCGAGAAUGGGCGAUUCGACUGCCCGCCAUCAUCCUCGUCGUCGGUUUGGGCGUCGUGGGGUCAUUUGUCGGUCUGGUGAUGCAAAAGGAGGCGGCGAAGAAGCGCGCAAAGGACGCAAGAAAGGGAGCAUGAGGACAAACCAGAGAGGAGCUGUGGUCGAUUGUUAAGCAAUGACUAUCGCAUCACGCUACGUUGAUUGGCUGGUCGGGGGAGCAGAUGCCAGGGGUUCUGUCUCCUAACUUGGGACUCAUGAGCCAUGGAGCGAAUGUGCUUUACACAAUCGCUCUGGUAUGACUGCUGUCGUUGUUGAGUGUUUACCAUCGCUCCUCGCCAUGAGCCGACAUCACAAUGAUGCCCUCUUCUUUGCUUGCAGCCCUCAGCGCUGCGAGGCGGAGCAUUCGAAACAUAAGAUACAUUGACCCUAGUCUUCAGCCC